GGGCGUGCAGAGUGCGGCGUUUCCCCCGUUCGUACGGGUUUUGUGGGGCUUCCCGUGUCAAACUGCAUUUCACCGCAGUUUACCCUGUACGUUAACUUUUACUGUAAGGAACCGAACAUUACUGGAGAUAAAAGCCCGCUUCGAGAGUAUCCACUGACAUUUUGCGGCGGCGCUCUCGCGCGAAUGCACGCGGUAAGGAACAGAGACGUUGAGGAGUGUGCCUGGAGAGCUGUUUGACAGUUUGAUUUGCGUUCGGUCUUGUCGCGUGAGCGGUUUGACCGUUUGUCGACGGCGAGCAGGAGCAGCGACCAUUCUUCGACAGCCCUGGCCAUGACUUGCAGGUAACGAGCGGGAAACGAGCGAAACACAAUGGAGCGUCCGGCGAUCGUGGGGAACGCGGCGGGCGCCGCGACGGACACUUUUCGGGCUACCGUAACGCACGUGGCGCCCGAAAACCGAUGGCUCAAACUGUUCGUGCAGAGGAACCACGAAAUGAUGAGGCAUAUCGAAGCCUACCUCGAGGGCCUCGAGCCGGCGCUGUCGUCUAAGCCUGGCUUUAUGCAUCAGAGUCAGAUAGCGCUGGGAACGCCGUGUUUCGCGCGCUACUCGAACAACAAGUGGUACCGCGCCGUGGUGUCUUCCUGGCCGCGCCACAACGAGACUUUAGUCGAGGUGACGUUUAUAGACUAUGGCAACUGCGAGGAGGUAUGCGUCGGUGACGUGCGCCAAAGCCCCGACCCGAUCUUCAGGACGCCGCACGGAGUUUACGAGUGUUUCCUAGACGAACUCGACUUGAGCCUUAUCACGCCGCAAGGUGCAGAGGAGCUUGUCCUAUUGGCAAAGAGCACACUCUUGUCAGUAGAAGUUACCGUCACUGUUCGCAGGUACGAGCAGGUUCAGGUGAACUGUGUCAGGCCCAUUGUUUCGGUCACCUUGCCCGACGGGAGGAGCCUGGCUGACAUUCUGGUUCGUUCGCCAGAGUUUGCGAACGCCAUGGCACAGGCUGCUGCGAAGCCCGCCUUCUGCCUUCCGGACAUCAAAUUGGGCGUACCUUACAGGGUUUACGUUGCGCACGUUGAAGAAAUGGACGAUGUCUUCUUGCAUCUUGCGGCCAGGGAACCGUCGGCGUUCUCGGACAUGAUUCAGGACACGUACACGAACGUUGCCUCACUCGACCCAUCGCUAGUACAAAGAGAUACGGUUUGUCUGGCGCGUUUCACGGAGGAUUCCUUGCUCUACCGCUCCCUCGUUGUCGACUGCUGUCAGGGCAACUGUCGAGUGGCCUUUGUCGACUACGGCAACCGUGAAGUGAAAUUGUCGUCAGAGUUGUUGGUGAUCCCUCCCGAACUGCUGGAGGAGCCUGUAUUUGCUAUCCAUUGCAAUGCAACCAGCACGGGGCUCGACAAGGACACAUUCCUUGAAGUCACUGCAGAGCAAGAGCUGACGUGCAUAUUUUCGCAGGGAGUGAGGCAGGGCGUAUAUGCUGUCACGUUCGAUGGUCUGAACGGCAGCAAAGCAGCUCCGGCAGCCAAUUGUGCCUCGUAUAACGGACUGCCAGGAAAUUUACCCCCAACGAGUGCAUCUUACAUCCAGAUACAGCAACUGAGGCUUGAUCCAGGCUGUCGCCAUGUCAUGUAUGUCACAUUUAUCGAGUCAACCAAGGUUUUCUAUGCACAGCUAAAGGAAAUGGCAGAUGACAUCGAGCAGAUUUCUGCGCAGCUGGCGGCCGAGUCCCCUUCACUUGCUAUGCUUUUGCCUUCAGACGUCGUGCCUGGCUUGGCUGUGGCUUGCAGGUACGAAGGAACGUGGUACAGGGCUGUGGUGGUCCAGCCUGGCCCGCAAGUCCAGGUCUGGAUUGCCGAUUACGGAGACACCACGAUGCUCGACAUCUCUGAACUCCGACAGUUGGACCUCAAGUACACCCUGCAGCCUGCAUAUGCAACGAAGCUCACUUUGGACGGAUUCACGUGCUCGCCGCAGUCGUCCGAAGCGAUGAGACUGUUGCUGGAAAAUCUGCUCCUCGACGCGGAGGCAAACGUUUCGAUUAUCAACGUCCUUCCCGAUGGUACGCAUGCCGUCCAAAUAUUCGUUGGGGACCCUCCGAAAUCGGUUGUCAAGGCCCUGAACGCAGCGCUGGAAAGCAGUAGGCAGGGAUGCACGGCAAAGGCACAAUCCCCCACUGUGUGUCCCGUGGAGAAACUCAUUGUGACAACCGUCACUCCCCCACAAAAGUUCUUUGGCCAAUUCAUGAAGAUCCCUGAUGGAGAGCUUGAUGCCUUGCAGAAAGAGCUGGGAGACUAUUAUUCUGCAUCGUAUCCAGACCCAGCAUUCCAGCCAAUGCCUGGGGACCAUGUGUGCUGUCGAUUCUCAGAGGACGGGCAGUUCUACAGGGCGAAGAUCGAGAGAGUUUUGGCCAACGGCUCGCAGUAUGACGUUUUUUACCUGGACUACGGCAACGAAGAGACUGUGUUGCCGCAGGACGUGCGCUCCCUGCAGCCGCAGUUUGCCGUCGCUCCUCUGUUUGGUAUACCCUGCCAGCUGCAGUCUGGGGAAGUCUCGGAAGACAUGGUUGACACGGAAGUGGAAGUGCGCUUCCUGGCCUGCCAUGGCGACGUCCACACCGUGACGUUUACCACCCCUAGGCAGAGUCUGCCACCAAGAGAUCCCCCUGCAGUGGUGGCACCUGCUCAGGCAUCGGCUCCGGCCAACAUGAACACGUUCGGGGGAGGGGAGGCCCCCGCUCCGGGCCUCGUGCAGUUACUGUUCAACCCCGGCUGCCAGGAGCAGGGCACGGUGGUAGUGGUCAAGUCGCCGUCAGAGUUCUACUGCCAGCUGAGCGUGAACGACGACCAGCUCAACAGCGUGGCCGAGGUGCUGACCAGCGUUGCCAGUACGCAGCCGUGCCUUCCACCGGCCAUGCGCAAGGUGGGAACUGCCUGCUGCGCCCUCUAUUCGGAAGAUGGCGACUGGUAUCGUGGCAUCAUCCGAGAACUGCACCCUGGUGGCGCCACGGUGUUUUUUGUUGACUACGGCAACGUUGAAAGCGUGGCUGAUGAGGGCCUCAAGCAACUGCCGGACUCCCUGAGGUCCGUCCCGUGCCAGGCAGUGGGUUGCAAGCUCAGCGGUGCCGUGGCCGUGGACGCCGCUGCAGCAACAGCGAGGCUGGACGAAAUUCUCGCAGAGCAGGAGGUGACCAUCAGGAUUCAUGGGCAUGACUACAACAAGAUCCAUGAUGUGGAUGUCAUUCUCCCCACUGGGGUGAAUGUCCGGGAUCAGCUUGCCCAGGAGGGACUCCUGCAGAGUCAAGGUGGCUCGACCUUUCCUGCGCAGCCGCCGGCACCUUCUAUGCAGGUGGCCCCUCCUCCACAGAUGUCAUCACCACAGCUGUACCACGUGGGUGGCUUCAACUACCCGGCUCUGACUGAAGGUGUCGCUGUGCCCGUGGAAGUCUGUUGGGUCUUGACACCCGGCGAAGUCUUCGUUCAGCUCAAGGAGACACAGGGUGUCCUGGAGCAACUCAUGAGCGAAAUGCAGGCAUUCUAUGCCAGUCUCGGUGACACUGUCAGCAACGACAUACGUCCGGGCCAGGCCUGUGUGGCCCUGUACUCCGAGGACCAGCAGUGGUACCGCGCCCGAGUGGUACACGCCAAGGCCGGUAUGCUGGGCGUUCAGUACGUGGACUACGGAAACUGCGAAGAAGUCCCCGAGGGCUCGGUGCGUCAGGGUUCUCUGAAGAAGAUCCUGGCAAAGUAUGCAGAACUGCCGGCACAGGCCAUUCGAUGUCGAGUCCGUUCGGUGGCUCCCCCUGGCGGUCUCUCGUCGUGGCCGUUGCUGAAAGACCAGACACCACUGCAGCAGAUAUUCGAUGGUGUCUUCCUUUGCCGGCCAGCCGCGCAGAAGGAUGGUGUCCACCUUGUCGACCUGGAACGCCACGGUGGUGGGCCGUCCCUCGUCGAGUCUCUGGUUGCGGCGGGGCUCGCUGCGGACGCGACCGCCAUGCCCCGCGAGCUGGGAUCCGCGUCGGAGGCCAGCCAGAAGCAGCCGCUGAGGGCCGUGGUUUUACCCGCCGAGCUUGUGUUUCAUCCGAAGCAGUUUGUCGACGUCAAGGUGACUGCCGUUGUGUCCUUGUCGGAGGUGUGGUGCUGCCUAGUGGAGUGUGUGGAACCCAUGGCGAAGGCCCUCCAGGAGGCCGGCGAUGCGGCACCGAAGUUCCGUAAUCCGGUGCCCGGUGAAGCCUGCGUGGCACGGCUGCCAUCGAAGGACGAGGGAGCCGAAGGUGACGCCGUGCUCACGCCGUGGGCACGUGCCGUCGUGAAGUCUCGCCCUUCCCCGGCCAAGCUGGAGCUGUUCUUUGUCGACGUGGGUGGCACCAGGGUGGUGCACCACACUGAAGUGAAGCAAAUACCACCAGAGUUGACUACUCAGCCCGGCUGCGCGUUCCAGUGUGUCCUGAACUGCAGUUUCCCUGUCGACGCCACCGAACUGUCAGCAAAGAUACUGUACAAGGAGCUUGUGUUGCAGGUCGAGCAGCAGCUGGAGCCUGCGAAGGUGAUUGGGUCACUGUUUGACACCUCCGGAGACAGCGAAGUGAAUGUCUUGGACAGCUUUACGCCGCCACCGCCAGAGGAGGCACCACCGCCACCACCAGAGGAGAGUGCACCAUCACUGGAGGCCGCUCCAGCUCCAGAGAGUUCUCCAACUUUGCAUAACGUUUCAGCUCCAGAGGAAGCUCCCAUUCCAGAAGAAAUCCCCACCUCAGAAGAGCAGGUGCAGACAAGCCAACCCGAGGUUGUAGCCGACACAGUUGUGGCUGACACAGCACCCCCCACUGUCGAACCCCUAGCCCCCGAGCCCGAAGUGACCGAUUCGGCUCCGGCGAGAGGUCCAGCACCGGCUAGGACGUCGCCUCCGGUCAAGACAUCGUGGCCACCUAUGCAUCGGGGCCCAAGCAGCCACACGAUCGUGCCAUGCUAUCCUCCGCUUUCAAAAAUAUCUGGCAAGAUGGCAGCUUACGUGAUGCAUGCCGAAGAUCUCUUAUGUUUCUACGUGAUGCGCAAGGAACAAGAGCAGGCACUGGACGACCUCUCCAUGCGGCUCGAGGCUUUCUAUACCGAAACUCCCAAGCCAGUUGUGAAGCCACUGCCCAAGCUGCCCUGCGUGGUCUUCUACCCGCAGGAUGAAGCCUGGUACCGCGCCAAGGUUACAGGAGACGGCUCGUGCGUGCAGUUUGUUGACUACGGCAACGCUGACAUUGUCCCCGAAGUGAGAGAGAUUGCCGCAGAGUUUCUCGAGGUGCCGCCGUUUUGCUACAAAUGCAAGUUGGAUGGUGCGAAAGAUCUUGCCGGUAUUCCUGGUGUGUUCAGCGCAUUCAAGGAGAUGAUUGUGGAUGCAGAGCUAGAACUCGAGGUCAUGACCUGGGGCCCAGAGGUCACUGUGAGGCUUGCUAAGGAGGGCCAGGAUAUCACCACAGAGCUCAAGAGUAGGUUUCUCUCCUCGGAACCUGCGGCAUUGAAAACAGAUGCUCAACAGAAGCCUGUUGUUCCUUUGGAGGGCACACCCGCCAAUGAGCCCUCUCCUGCUUCUGCUGAAGAGCGUGAAGCUUGCACAGUGAGCCACGUUGAUGGCCUGAACUCGUUCUAUAUGCUGUACUCAACCAAGCUGGACGAUCUUGCAGACUUUGUGGACAAACUGCAAGAAGUACUGGUUUCUGCACCCCCAACAGUGGUUGAGACACCCAACAGCAGCACCCUCUAUGCUGCUCUUUACUCCGGAGACAACCUGUGGUACAGGGCUAGAGUUGAAGGCCCCGCAGAAGAGGGUGGUUUCAAGGUUCGUUUCGUGGAUUACGGUAACGUGGAGACUGUGAAGUCUGUGGUGUCGCUGGACUCCGAAGAGUUGCUUGUCGAGCCGUUCUGCAUUGAAUGCCAGCUUGCCGAUGUAGGAGGUGCCGGUGACUCGAGUGCCGUGGACAAAUUCAGGGAGCUCGUCCUGGACUCCGAUCUCCUGGUUGAAACGGUGAAGUCUGAAAAGCCAAUGACAGUCCGGCUGUUCACCCUGGACGGUGUCGACCUGUUGUCCAAGCUUCCGCUUUCAAAAAGGUACAGGAGCACCAAUGUUCCACUUCACCAGAAAGCUCUUGUCAGCAUCAUGCAUGUCGAGUCGCCGACUGACUUCUUUGUUCACUUCAACGACCGUCUGGAUGCCUUGGAGGCCCUGACACAGCAACUGCAGGAAGUUCCAGAGUGUGAAAACGCACCGGCCGAUAUGUCACAGCCAUGCAUGGCCUACUGGUCUGAUGAGCUUCCCUACAGGGUCACUGUCCUUGAGGACAAGGGUGAAGCUGAGGGCGCAGCAAGCGUUCGAGUCAAGUUUGUUGAUUAUGGAAACACUGACACUGUGGAGCGAGCAGGAAUUCGCGAGCUUCCUGAUGCGCUGCUGUCUGAACCCCUCUUUGCCAUCAAUUGUACUCUUGAUGUCCCCGAGGGUAAGUUGGGCCAAGAAGCACUGGAGAAGCUGAAGGUUCUAGCCGAUGAAGGGCCAGCCUCUUCUCUCUUGGCUGAAUUUUUGGGAGAGAGGAAUGGCCGCUACGUCGUUCGCCUUCUGGACAUGGGCAUAGAUGUGUUAGAAAAGUUGCAAGGGGCCGUGCAAGAUGCCUCCCAAGGUGGCAGCAGGGACGUCACUUCCGACAGUCCGAACGAACCUGUUUCUGAAGAAAGAACUUCCGAAGUACCCGAGGGUGCUCCCGAGGCCCCCGUCACCGAAGGAGCAGACAAACCGAACGACCAGGCCUCCACAGAUCCUUUGCCUGACAACGUUGCCGUGGCGGAACCUCUUCAGUGCUCAGAGCUAGACACUUGCCAAGGCACUUCAGAAGACAAUGAGGUCGUGGGGCUUACUGUUGAAGCAGAGUCUCCAGAACAAGAAGGGCCAUCAGACGAAGCACCAGAUGUAGCUCCCGAGAACUUGCAGAGCAGUGAAGACCUGCCUAAAGAGUACACACACCCUGAAACAGAGUGCAAUGGCUCAAGUCUGCCGGUAGGCUGUGAUGAUGUUCCUGGCGAACCUGAACCUCCAUGCAGUGCAGUGGGUGGUUCUGCAGAACUCGAAGAGACUAUGCUUUCAGAAGGAGCCAAUGUUUGUGGUGCUGCUCCUUCAGCAGUUUUCGAUGACAACAUGCUUCCAGAAGUACCUGAAUUUGGUGAAGAAGAUCUCUCUGCCUUUUCCGAGGAAACCACCCUGCCUGAGGACAAGCGUGCAGCAGAAGUUUUUGAAGACGCUCUGUCUGAGGCCAAGUGUGAGGCAGAAGUCUUCGAGGACGCGCUUUCCGAGGAUAAUGCCAACAAGGAAAGCAAAGGGGUAUCACAUACAGCUGACACCUCUCCGAUUGCAGGCGUGCAGAAAGGUACGCCGGUGAAACAGGAGAAUGGAAUCACCAGCUUGAGCACUGCCAGUUUGUCCGACAAGCCGUCCGCCUUGGCAGGAUCUGGUGAUGCGUCCAUUGCCAAGACAGUUAGUGACGAGGCACGUCAGGAGGAGCCGCUGAGAAAGACUGAUACUGACGUUUCAGAAGUGGGCCUGGCUCUAAAAGAAAGCGAUGCGCUUACCUCACAACGACAAGCGGGCAAGGAUGACUGCUCUGCGAUGGGUGCAGCUGCCAUUCCUAAGGCCACCGUCCUGAACAUCGGUGCGGGGGGUGACGGAAGACCGGCAGUCAUUCCAAAUGGUUCCUCCUCGGCACGCUCUAGUCCCUUCACGGCACGUCGCUUCAGUAGGCGGCUGAGCCUGGACGACUGCCCAAUACCUGGUGCCUGCACCAACGCAGAACUGCUGGAAAUCCAAAGCAGCGAUACUGUGAACUGAGGACUAAGACAUCGAUGGGCUGCUAGUGCAAGAGUGUGGUAGUUUGUGAAAGUGCCUGGCCAGUGUGCUUAACUUCAUAGCUUUGCCUUUUUGCCCUUUUUGUUUUUUUCAUCCUCAGCAUUCAUUUUUAUUCUGGCAUAAGAAAGACAUUGUAAUACAAUCCUCAUAUAAAGAUUGAGCAGGUUCGCAAGAGAAUCCUGAAAAGUUGUGCACUAACAAACACGCACAUUUGAUACACGUUCUACUUCAUUAUGAUAACCAGAAAAUUUUUGUGAUAUUGUGCUAUCAUUCAUUCCUGCAUUCGUUUGUGCACAACCACAAUUUGCACUUCUGUUCCCUGUGGUGUGCAAUCUUUGUUCCCAGUUCAUAUGUUUGUGUGUUUAAGAUUUAUUGUGUGUUUUGUUGUUUGCAGUUUGGAAAAAUAAAAGAUCUAUUUUUCACUGA